GGGAGAAAUUGAAAAAACAUCCAUCUCAUUGCCCUUCCCUUCCCCUUCCCGGCCGCCCUCUCCUCUCCGUUUCUCCCUCUCACUGCGUCUCUCGCCUCCCCGCUCCUUGUUGAUCGACGACGUCUUCGGCUGGCCUCCGAAAUAUUCCAACGGUAAAUGGUGGUCCUCGUUGCUUGAUUUCGACUACGGCUCGAUCUUCAAGGGCUCGACUCUUAGGCCAACGAUUCGAAGGGAGAGAUUUAUUGUUCUCAGUUCAUAGCAGUCUUUUCUGCUGGUGUUUCGGACCAGGGAGGAAGAGAUAUGCAAGUGAUGAAUGAUUUAUGGAGCGUAGAGAUAAUCAAUCGCCGCUAGGAGAGACGGCUCGUAUUCUCGUGGAAUUCUUGGAGGUUGCCAUCACUUGCAUCGUCUUUCUCAAGGGCGUUUAUCAUCCCGGUGCAUUUGAAAGGCGGCGGUAUAUGAAUGUAGUGGUCCAGAAGGCUCGUCAUCCUGAACUUAGGGAAUACAUCCAUUCAGCGGUCAACGGGCUGCUUCCUUUUCUGCAGGAGGGAUUGGUGGAGAGAGUUGCAGUUGUUUUCUAUAACACUGAGAAUAUCCCAUUGGAGAGAUUUAUUUUCAAGCUCUCUGUGAACCAGUCUUAUGGCUCAAAGGUGGAAGAAGCUAAUCUGGAAUUCUCUCUUCGUUCAUUCUUGAUCAAGCUUCCAGUAUCAGAAGCCCUAACAAAGGUUUUGCCCCGGGAUUGCAGGUGGGAAAUAACAGCUUACUUCCGUUCCCUCCCUGAGGCUAGUACAAGCAAGGAUGCAGAGUUAUGGAUCCCAACAGACACAAAGCAGUGGCUGCAGCCUCCAUUAAUAACUCCUCUCAAGUCCAUGAACUCUGAACCUCUGUGUUUGCAGCUGUAUUUGGAGCAUCCUAGUCAAUCUGAACCAAAGCCCUGAAGAACUUGAUCAAGUUCUAAGUUGUGAAGAAAAGGAUGGAUGGGCUAAUGGUCAUCACCUUAAUAGCCUGCUAUUAAGCUGGUAUUAAUUAAUUAAUUAAUUAUAUACGUAAUUGAGUGUUAGUGUAAUAUUAUCCACUAAAUUGAAUUUAAAUUCCAAAAGUUAAUUAAAUAUACUAAAAAUUACUGUGAUAAA